UUUGAGGAGCAUGGUAGGAACCCUGCCACACUAAAAAACUACAAAUUUUACGGCUUUGACUGCUUUACGGCACAAACGUCACUUCCCCCUCCUUCCUGAUUCGUAGUCGAGACGAAAAUGGGCGGGGCUUGGAGCGCAGAGCUGAGGAGAACUCGUGGUGAGAGAAACGUGGAGUUGUUAUCAUGGCUGAAGCAGCGAAAAAUCCGAAGAGAAUAAAAGUUUUAUCGCAGGAGGCGAAAAAAAGAAAGCGGGAGAGUAACAAACUAAAUGCCCGGACGAGAAUCAACAUUGGCCCGGCGUUCACGCGUUGGCGUGAGCUGAAAGACGAGGAAGGAUGUCCGACCGAUGGGGAUUUAGCCCUGUUAUUGUUGGACUACUAUCAAAAGAAGGAAGUCACUUCAACUCCCCACAAACAACACCCUCUACAGCCUAUAGUGUCCAGCAUAACAGAGGAGUCGGACCGUGAUAGGGGUGAAUUUCAAAUGGAAGGUGUGCAAAUGAUGGAAAAACGCGCUGAGGCAGAAGAGGUCUGUGUUUUAGAGGCCAGCAUUCAUUCUCUGAGUAUUGUGGAGGAAGAAGAGCACCAAGACUCUCCGGAUGAGGAUGCAGUCAAUGAUCCAAGGAACAGCUAUAUUGAAAUGGAUGAGAACUGGAAAGACCCAAGAUUCUGUGAGGAUGGGGACAGCUCGGACGAGGAAUAUGCUCCGUUUCUGCAACUACAUGUUGGUGGUGUAGCAUCAAAGGCUGCGAACAUCGAGCAGCUUCAACAAAUAAGUAUGGACGAGACUGUGCUAGAUGUUGCCAUCCCCGACCCCACAGACGAUGAAUUGACAGAUUUGCCAGACGAACUGAAAGUUGUACAUGAAGAUGAACUGAUUGAAAAGAAGGCCUGCAUCUCUUACCUUGACAACUUGAAGAUGCUGACCUCUUAUCUGCACUUACCUAUGAAAGCAUGCAACUACCCGGACAGAAUAACUGGUGUAAAAUGCCAAGGAAGACCACCAUUUCAAGUUGAAAUGAAUGCCCGGGGAACUGGAGUUGUUUUGGAAUGGCUAUGUCCUUUUGGACACAUCCUCUGGAGGUGGAAUUCACAGCCACUUUUGAAAUAUGGGAUGCAAGCAGGGGACUUCAUGCUCUCCACAAACAUUUUAUUAUCAGGAAACAACUACAGGAAAGUGGCUUUUCUGUUCAACUGCAUGCAGAUGGGGAUGGUAGCAGAGUCAACAUAUUUCAAAAUCCAGGAUAGCUACUGCAUUGAACCUGUUGACGAGUUCUGGCAGAACAUGAGAGCUGGUGUUCUGGCCCGUUUACGCGAGAAGGACAAGGUUGUUCUUCUUGGUGAUGGCAGGAUGGAUUCUCCAGGCCACUGUGCUCAGUAUUGCACAUACACAACCAUAGAGCAGGAAUCUAGAGACAUUGUGCACAUCGUCUCCCUGGAUAAGCGAGAAACGAACCGAAACUCUGUGAUCAUGGAGAAGGAGUGCUUCAUACGAACCAUGGAUGCACUUCUGCCGGUGAUACGCAUAACAGAAGUGGUCACUGAUGCCCACACACAAAUUUCUGCUUUGCUGAAUCCAGAACAUGGAAAAUACAAAGAAUGGGGACUACAACAUUCCCUAGAUAUUUGGCAUGCAGCGAAAAGUUUAGGGAAGAAGCUCAGACGGGCUGGUACGGUGAGGGAGCAGUCUGAACUGUUGCCUUGGAUCCGGGACAUCGUGAACCAUUUCUGGUAUUGUGCUAAGCAAGCAUCGUCUGUGGAGGACUUCAAGAUGAAGUGGCAUGCUGUCAUUCAUCAUGUUCGCAACCAGCACACAUGGGCAACUGGAGCCUGUGAGCAUGAACCACUGGAUGAUGACGCCCAGGAAAAACCUUGGAUAAAACAAGGUUCAGCAGCUCAUCAAGCCCUUGUAGCCGUCGUCUUGGACAAGAGAUGGUUGAAGGAUGUAAAGAAAUUCAUCACCUUCAGGACUACAUCAGAUCUGGAAAACUUCCAGAAUCACAUACUAAUGUAUGCAGGGAAGCGGUUCUCCUACACUCCAGCAGUGUAUCACACGCGGACUCUGCUCGCUGCAAUUGAUUAUAACUGUCACAAUGGCCGCCUCCCAGCACGAAACAAGGAUGGACACAAGAUUUACAGACGGUACUACAAUAAGAAGUCAAAAUCCUGGAGUGUUUACGCACUAAAGGAGAAGAAGGAUUACUUCUACAUUCCAGACCUGCAGAGAGCCAUUCUUAGGAGGAGGCUGCAAAGUGGAGGUGGCCUUCCCAGGAGACAGACACUUAGGCCAGAUGACCCCCGGCGCUUAGGGCUCCUGGCUCCAGUAUCGCCCCCCCCAACACUCGAGCUAGUUAGGACACAUGUGACACGUGGUGAGACUGUUCCCCAAAGUGAACACUGAGGAUCAUGUGUGUUUGUACAUGGACUAACAGUUGUUCAUUACUGCUACUGUGAUAGAUUACUUAUUGUUCAUAAUAAUGUAUGGGAUAACUGCUGUCACUAUGCAAAUAAGAAACUUCAAGAAUUGUUCUAUUUUCUGAAAGUGUGUAAAUAAAA